CGAACGUGUGUCGCAAGAGUAACAUUCUUAAGUUCUAAUUUUCAGUGAAUUUUUGUUCCAUAGUUCGGUAGUCGAAGUGCGGAACAGUGACUGCGAACCGCUGUACAAGGAGACAGCUAAGCCAACGAGCCCGGCCUGACCGGUGCUCUGUGCGCGCGGCACGACGCGACUCUGUGAGAGAGUGGUCGCUUUUCGGGCGCCAGAGUCCUCGUGGCGAGGUGGCUGGCUGGCUGGCUGCAUAGUUCCAGGCGUGGCGGUGUUGUGCGUAAAGGAAGUGGAGCAAGGUUGCGCGAGUGAGGUCGUGGGUGGGGUCAUGGCAAAGUCAAGAAGCAUCAGAUGACGUCAGCUUCGUGCAUGAUGCCGUGUGCCUGUGCUGCUGUGUGUGUGUGAGCAAGAAACGUGGAAAUGUUGCUUCCAACUUUUCGUCUUCUUUCUGUCUGAAAUCCUGCAUAUUUACUAGACGGUUGUACGGAUCGGGGGAAUGUCUCUUGGUGACAGAAAGCCACUGCAGUUCGUUGUUAGUGGGCGAACCAAAUGGAUGGAAGUGAGGGAGGUGCUGAGAUAUUAGUGCAGCUCAUUUCUCCUGAAGAAUUACCCGUCUGUGAGUGCGUUCACCACGAAGACCAGAAAAAGCUUACAUCGCCGAGGUCCGGGAAGCGGUGUUCUGCCGAGGAAUGGCAGACGGUGCUACUGUUUCUUCACGCAUGGCACCCGCCCUACUUCAUAUUCUUCAUCAGCAUCCUGGAGGUAGGAAUCUUUGUGUGGGGAGGUGCGGAAACCCAGCGGGCCCUAAUGUACGACCCGCACCACCGGGAGCAGCUAUGGCGGUUCCUCACUUACAUGCUCCUGCAUUCCGACUCGCUACACCUGGCGCUCAACAUCGCGAUCCAGUGCCUUUUGGCGUCGCCUCUUGAGCACGAGCAAGGUCACCUGAGAACCAGUUUGGUCUACCUCGGGGGUGUGCUUGGAGGGUCGCUAGGCACGUCCAUGUUGGAGCCCGAGCUGUAUGUGAUGGGUGCAUCAGGCGGUGUGUACGCCCUGCUCAUCUCGCAACUUGCCAACAUUUUGCUCAACUUCAAGGCGCUGCCGUACAAACUGCAUCGCGCUGUGGCUGUCGCUGUGUUGGCUGUGGCGGACAUCGCUGCCUCACUCUACCACUACUUCUCUCUGGGCAACGUCUGCCCUCGCAUAAGCUGGGCAGCGCACUCUAGUGGCGCAGUGGCCGGAUUCCUCCUGGGGCUGGUCUUGUUCAAGGGCUCCAAGAAGCUGGGCCCUGCGGCGGCCCCUGCAGCCGACGAAGAGGAAACCUUUGAUUGGGCGCGAGUUGCUGUGUGGGUUGCAGCCACUCUGCUAGGAGCAGCAGUCUCCGCUGCUGUGAUAUGCAACGUGCUGCUUCCCCCGUCCCCGCAAACUGCACACUGAGAGACUGCACGCGGCUAUCAACCGGUGGCCUUUCGCACUCGAAAGGAGAUGGACCUUUCAUGUAAUGAGUCACUUUUACUAACAAUUAAAAACUAAAAUCUAGAUGACUAAAUGAUUUCUGAAGACCUUUUGCAGGCCUUGUCCACUGUCUUGCCCAAAAAGUGCGAAAGAAUAGUGGAAUGAAAAUUAACUCUACAAGUGCCAAGUAUCGAUAAUUUCAACAUUUACAAAAAUUGCAAUAUUUAACAAUAUGUGACACCUGUUGGAAUUCUGUCCGAAUUAUAUAGUCAAUAAACAUUUCGAGGAAGAUUUUCCUCAACGUCUGAAUUUCUGCAUGGAAGAAUGGCAGUUCUGAAAACUUAAAAUGGCGGCUUUACGCUAUAGCAAUUAAAGGUAGUGUAUGGAGGGUUGAAGACACGCAUCUUCGAAGAGGACUCUCCUCUUGAAAGCAGGACAUCAGGUCAUGCUCUGUUAAGAAGAACUCACCUGUGCUAAGAGAAAGCCUGUUUCAAACUGACAAAUUUCAGGUCCCCUGUGAUUCCAUUAUAAGCAAUUUUUACAGAGAGCGAUGUAGCACCGGCGUUCUUAGCGUGACCGACAUUCUUGCUCAGAAUGAAAAGUUGACGUCCCACCCCCGAACUGGUGCAGAGGGCACCGAACGUUUCUCUUCAUGAAGUUAAUUAUUUGCACAUGCCAACAUCCAGGCAAUCUACUGGAGGAUUUGUGCUCGGAUUGGUUCCACCGGAUGUCCGGAGUGGAAAUUGAUUUUCAGCUGUGUUUUCCUCCACGAAAUGAAGCACGAAGCAUUAAAUCGAGCAUUCCAAGUUUAUUUAUUCCUUGGGGCUGGCUUAAGAGGAACUCUCAGAAUUUCGCAAAGCUAAACCCUUUACAGCUGAGGUUAAGAUGAGAAAUCCGUUAUAUUUUAACUCAUAUCAAAAAUGGUGUGUUUUUACAAUGAGGUUCAGAAUAAUAUAAAAUGUUCUGAUCCUUUGGCCAAUGCGUGGAGACUACAUAUCUCUAAAAUUAUUUUUUAAUUAAUGAUUUGUCACAUGCGGCGCGUGACUUCCCAAGACACCCAUAUCCAGUGUGUGAGUUUAUGCUGCUUUAUGCUGUAUGCAUUUGAACUGACAAUUUUUUGUUGUAUAGAUAUAGUGACUGUCUCGAGAAAUUGUCAACAUAUUACUGCAGAUAAUGACGACCCAGAACAAGGGAAAGAACUUGUACCGUUCCUAGUCAGGGCACAGUUAGAUUUUGAUAUGAUACUGCCAUGGUUUAAAACCGAAAUAAUUACUUUAUAUUGAAAAUAUAACAUCGGUAUAUGAUUAUUAUUGUGCAAUGAAACAGCUCUGUGCAGAACAUUUUGAUAUGUAUUUCAGCUGUGGGCCCUCAGUCACAUACGUCACACAAUAGACGGAAGUGUGACGCUUACACUUCCGAGAGAAGUCGUACAGUGCAUACGUGGCUAAAAAUUAACAACACCAAACGGUUGUUAGUUAUGUAAGUG